UCAAUCCAUUAUAAUGAUGAAAUGCUUUCAGAUGCAUCUCAUGAAACUUUAAAAACAGUUUGAAUGAGUGAGACAAUGAAUAAUCAUGACGAUCAUCAUUCACUGAAUCUAAUAUACUUCGUUGAAAAAGAAACAAACGUCACAAGUUCAACAUGUACGAACGUAUGCGUACGUUUGUUAUGCUUCUUGGUAAUCAUCAAAAUAUGUAUUUAGUAUCAUCCUGAUUAAGAUAGUCGAUUCCCGUAAAUCAGAUUAUUAUUUGUUUCUCAAUAGAUUCGAAGACUCGUUAACUGCAAUUAUUAUGCAUAAUAUAAAACUUAAAUUUCUAUAUAGAAAUCAUUUACUAACAAUCAACUAAAUGAUUAGCUCGGAAAUCAGAUUGAAUUAUCUUAUUGUUUUACUGGAUCAUCGAUGCACUUUCGAUUAUUCAUUUCAUCGCACCUGCUGCACAAAUUCCAUCGUGGAUAUGCAUCUUAACUGACCUUCCCUCAAUCAGAUUUCGAUAAACUCGCGUUUGUAUAUCAAUAAAUGAAAUGAUAAUUUUUUUUGCAUUAGCAAUCUAUGUAUACAGAUUUGUUUUUGUUAAUGCCAAAAUUCUGGGGGAAAUCGUAUAUAAGCAAAUCAACAAUCGGUCCGAGGCACAGAGUUCUUCGACUCAAUUAACAAUGCAGGCAUUCGUGGCUAUUCUUCUUCUUGGUCUCACGGCUACAGCUUACGCUGGAGCCACAUCGCGAAUCGUGGGUGGUGGCAAAGCGGCUGACGGCAAAUAUCCCUACCAAGUGCAGCUCAGGGAUGCCGGAAGGUUUUUGUGCGGUGGUUCUAUCAUAGGAACGCGCUACAUCCUGACUGCUGCUCACUGCGUCGAUGGCCGAGAUGCCUCAAAGAUGACGAUCCUCGCUGGUACGAACAUCUUGGGCGACGAGAAGACAGGAAAGGUUUACCAAGCCGAUGCUCUGAUCCCCCAUCCGAAAUUUGGUGCGCUGCUCAUUGUCAAGAACGACGUGGCCGUUAUCCGUUUGACCGAGGAUAUCGAAUAUACCCCAAAGAUUAAGCCCAUUGCUCUGCCAACUUCGGACUACGAUCAAUUCGAUAAAACCGUCGUUCUCUCCGGAUGGGGAAAAACCAGCACCGCUGACCCACCAGCAACCAAUCUGCAAGAGAUUCAAUUGAACGUCCUUACCAAGCUCAAGUGCAAGCUCUUCUGGAUCUUUGUCAAGCCUAGCCACAUCUGCACACUUAAUCAAAAAGGAGAGGGCGCUUGCAACGGAGAUUCUGGCAGCCCACUGGCUGACCAAACUGGCGUUCAAGUCGGUAUCGUCUCCUUCGGUCUGCCCUGUGCUCAUGGUGCACCUGAUGUCUUCACAAGGGUCUUCGCAUACGUUGACUGGAUUAAGGCUCAAAUGGUCUUAAACGCAAGACAGCGUAGAUUUCCUUUUUUAUUUCUGAUAAUUGAUAAUCGAACCGUAAAAAUGAAAGCUUCAAUAGUUUUAGUGUUGAUUAGUUUAUAUUCUGUUAUCCACGCUGGCCCAACAUCUCGAGUUGUGGGUGGCAUUGAAGCGGUUGACGGAAAAUAUCCAUAUCAAGUGCUUUUGAAGCUUUACGGUGAUUUCUUUUGCAGUGGUUCGAUCUUAGAUUCCCAAUACAUUCUCACAGCUGCACACUGCUUAGUAGGAAAAACUGUUUAUGGCAUGACAGUAACUGCGGGUACAAAUACAAAAAGUUAUAACACCGGGGAUGUUUACGAGGUAGAAAAGCUCAUCGUGCACGAAGGUUUCGACAGAUUCCUUGCAAUCAACGACAUCGCACUUAUUCGUUUAAAAAAGAAUAUUACGUUUUCUGAAAAAGCUCGGGCAGUCAAGCUUCCGUCUAAAGAUAUUAAAGCGUACGGUACAAGCGUGAAGCUUUCAGGAUGGGGUCAUGUUGGCAAAUUAAUGCCUAGCUCGAACGUUUUAAUGGAAGUCGAGUUGAACAUAAUUAGCAAUGAAAAAUGUAACGAGUCGUGGAAGAAAAUAAAAGAUACUCAAAUUUGUACUUUGACAAAGGCUGGUGAAGGUGCUUGCAACGGAGAUUCUGGCGGACCUCUUACAACAGAAAAUAACGUUCAAGUAGGAAUAGUUUCCUAUGGAGAAGCUUGUGCUGUAGGAAUUCCUGACGUAUAUACGAGAACGUACAGUUUCCUCGACUGGAUCCGAAAAAAUAGCGAAUCCCUUGCUCGUUAGAACGAGUUUCUUGAAUAAAUUUUAUGCUAGACUACAUUGUACUCUCUCUCGCUCUCUCUCUCUCUCUGACUUUCAUAUUAGUAUAAUUAACAUGUUUGUUAUCUUAUCGAAUUUCACACAAGUGUUACAAUAAAUCCAUAUAGACUAUUGGAAA